UAAGACGAGAAGUCUCUCUCCCUCUCUCAGGUAAAACGCGCAGUUCAUAUACAGUGUGGUUAGUAGUAGCUUAUCGGGGGAUAAGUCAAUACUGUGGAGGGGUACACAUCACAACAGCAUUUAUUAACCUGUAUCAGACAGUACAAGGUUCUUGUGCCGUAUGAAUUUUAUAUUACCCCCAAUUCACAAUCACGCCCUUCGAAUACGUGUGCUUUUUUAUUUACUUCCUCGCGUUAGGGGUGGUGUAUUGUGAGUGUUUUCCUACGAAGAUAUUUUCGAUAAGUGGAAUGGAAUAUUUCAUUAAGGAUGAAUUCUAAAUGAUAGAAUUCAAAUGACUUUCCUUAUUUUUACAAGGAGCUAAUGAGUCGUCAAAAUGUCAACAAUCAAGACAACAACUUUAACAAUAGUACCAGCAACAGAAAGAACGAAUGCAGCCGCAACAUCGAGCACACCUUUGCCACAGACAACGCAGCAUGUUUCGUCGGCGACCAGUAACACAACACGUGUACACAGUGGCGGCCUGCCGGAAGACGAUCUGGAGAUUAUCAUUAUCGUCAUUUGUCUCAUUGCCCUCAUCGCUCUCAUCUUACUGAUUUAUGUAACUUUCAAGAAAUUCAGAAACUCCAAGUUAUGUCUACGAUUAACACAAUUUACCCGUGUAAGAACAACGUCUAGCAGCCACCAUCCACUAGAUCCAGAUGACGUGGAGGAGGAUCUUCCGCCGCCAAGAACUGAGCGGGAGCUGUUUUCUAUCGGUGACCAUGACGACAUCGACACGCGCCUGGGGGGUGCCGCUCCCAGCGACGAUUACUUUUUCGACGAAAUUUAUGAAAAGUCUGCAUUUGUGGACGAAACUACACAUUCUUCAAUAAAAGACUUGAAACUUGAAUCAGAGAGAGACAAUGUGCCGGACUUGUUAUUUAGGUCACCUCGAUAAAGAACCAUACGUUUGGGAUUUAUAAAAAUGCCAAAAUUGUACAAAAAUUACACAUUCUUCAAUAUGUAUACAUGUAUGUCACUUUGAUAUUUCAAAUAUACAAUACUUUUUUACGCAACCAUAUGGUUUCAUGUUGU